AUGCCGUUACAACCCAUGGCGCCAGUACUUGCCGUGUUAGUCUUGGUGGCAGCGAUUGCAGGUUUCUUGCGUGGGAGCAUUCAAACACUCGGUCGGAUUUCAUGGCUGGCCUGGGUUGGUCUUACCUCCAUAGUCACAGCAAGGAAUUCUUCCCAUUCCCCACUCUACAUAUUUUCUGAUCUAACGAGCUCUUCGGUCUUGACUGUGACGAUCGCCGUCGGCGUGCACAGUCUACCUGCCGAUGCUCCCCAAGUGGGUCCUUGGUCUUCAGACUACAAGCUGUUCAAGGGCUCGAACUUCACCGAUGCCAUAUCUGCGGUCUCCUCCCUGGUGUUUGCGUACGCCGGAACUCCUGGGUUCUUUGCCAUUGUGUCUGAGGUGCGCGCGCAGAAACACUACACCCGUUCGCUGUUGAUCUGCCAGAGUGGCGUCACAGCAACGUACAUUACCAUGGGGGUGGUGGUCUACUACUACUGCGGAUCUUGUGUCGCUUCUCCAGCCCUGGGCUCCGCUGGUGUGGUCAUGAAGAAGGCCUGCUAUGGCCUCGCCCUUCCAGGAUUGUUGGUCUCCACGACGCUUUUCAUCCAUGUAAGUAUCUCCGCUCAGAACGACUAUUCAGCCCUAGCUCAGGAUUUCCAGCUGGCCGCAAAGUACAUCUUCGUCCGCAUCCUCAGACUCUCCCGACAUCUCUCAUCCAACACCAUGGCCCACUGGGUUGGCUGGAUCAGCUGCACAUUCGGCGUCAGUGUGAUUUCCUACAUCAUCGCCAGUGCCAUCCCGGUGUUUGGCGGUCUUGUAUCGUUGAUCGGCGCCCUCCUCGGAACGCUGAUGUCGUUCCAACCGAUCACUUUCAUGUGGCUCUUCGAUAAUCGGAGUCUGCCCAAGACCAAGUGCGGGCGCUGGUGGACGUUUAUGGUUGGUUGGGGCAUCUUUGCCAUCGUUCCCGGUACUUUCCUCAUGAUUUGCAGCACCUACGGAUCUAUCGUUGGCAUUAUAGAUUUGUACAAAGCAUCCGGUGGAUCGGCCGCGUUCUCAUGCGCUGACAACUCCAACUCGGUGCACUUAUAG